AUGGAUAACGCUGCAAGUUUCAAGCACCGAUGUUUGUAUUGCGACGAAGCAUUCGGAUCCAAGAACAAGCUGUUUACGCACCUCCGGAACUCGCCGUGCUCGACGCAAGCUGCAGCAGACGGCCUGGAGCUCACCAAGAAACAGGAGCGGGUCGCUUUGAUCUUCGGGGUGGCCUGCUCCGACUGGCGCUUGCCCCUGUGGCGUGCCCUCGACGCCGCCCGGGGGGGUGGCGUGAGCUACGCGGCGUCGGACGGACCGCCCGGGGCUGCUUUUGCAUCUGACCGACAUGGCAACGACCCGGCGCAGAGGGACUUGCCAAAAGCGUGUGAUGUGCUCAGCUUGAGCACAGAAGUCGUGCCGGAGGAGGAGCGGGACAUGUGGUGUGCCAAGGCCAAUGCAGCCUUGCCGGAGGAGAUUCGAAUUUUCGGCCGUUCCGGCCCCAUGCCGCCGGACUGGCAUGCUGAAAGGGGCAUCGUCCGGAGAUACUUUGCGUGCUUGCUGCCUAUGAAGCUUCUUCUGGUCAAUGGGGAUGUUGACGCUGGAGCCGAGGAGGCUCAAGGAGCAGACGCAGAGGCGGGGGGCUACAGCUCCUUCCCUACCAUUGCGGCGCGGAAGACGCAUGCGAAGAAGGGGCACCAAGCUGGAUGGGGGGACACUGCAGACGGCGAGAAUCUGCUCGGGAACUUCUUUCGCCUGAAGGAGAUCCUUCGCAAGAUGCAGGGGGAACACCUCUUCCACAACUUUUCCGAGCUGUCGCUGAAGCCUGGCGACACUGCAGCUCGACGCUUCGUUUACCGCUGUCGCGCGAUGGUUGACCCAUCCACGGGAGUCGCCGGCUUCCACGCGUCGGUAGACAGCCUGGUCAGCGGCCAGCUCAGGGCCAUGUCUGGGUUGGCCAUCGCUUUGCAGCAUGGGCUGCUGCCGGACAAGUACCUGGACAUUGCCUUUAGCGAAGACCGGCUCAUUCCCGUCCCGAGCCUGCCGAAGGGCACCGAGUUCCAGACGGAGUGCAUCUACAGAAAGGACUUCCACCACCUCCUUCAGCCUUUCUUCAAGAGUGCGGAGGCCGUCAGGUUUCGCACGAAGGUUGAGGCGCAGCUGGAGGCGGAGGCGCUGAGUGGCACAUUCCUCGACUGGUUCCGCGACGAAUUGGUCCCAAGCGCUGCCAAGAUGGCGGCGCAGCUGACGCCCAUGCUGCGGCCCGCGGACCUUCCGGAGGAGGUGGAGGUGCCGGCGGAGUACGCAGAAGUCCUGCGUCUCCUGCGGCAGGCCGAGGCAUGCGGCAAGUGGCCCCCGUGUUCCAAGGGCCGGGAAAAGGUCAUCAAAGACACGACCCUACCCGAGCAAGGAGGCGCAGGUGGCUCUUUCAGCGUUGGCUCGGUUCCGGCUGGCUUGGACGCCCCCCACGGCAACCGCCUCUUCCCCGAGCUCGCGCUGUGCGCUUUCGAGCUGGAGCGCGUUCUUCGGCCGACACGACGAAGCAGCACCAUCGCCAUCAACAAGAGGGCGCAGUUCCUGCCGCACGUGGACUCGGGGACUGGUGCAGGACAGGGCAUUUCGUUGAUCGUGGGUCUGGGCAACUACUCUGGCGGCGAGCUGGUUGUGGAAGGCACCGCCUACGACAUUAGGUACAAGCCCCUGGAGUUCAAUGGCUGGACGCAGAGGCACUGGACGCAGCCUUUCCUUGGCGAGCGCUUCUCCUUGGUCUGGUUCACCCCAGCAGGCUGCGAGGACAUGCCCGGACUGGAGCUUUUCCGAGAUCGGGCUGCGAGCAAGCGGACAGUAUGUGGCAGCAUUCCAGCUACACCUGCGGCAGUCAGCCUACCCACAGCUCGCCUCCACAACGGCCUCGACAUCCCGCGGCUUGGUUUUGGGACGUGGCAGCUGCAGGCUCCGGAUGCGGAGGCCAGCGGCACAAGCCUCUCCUGCGAGCAGGCCAUAGCCGCAGCGCUCGAUGCAGGCUAUCGCCUCAUCGACACCGCUUCCAUCUACAAGAAUGAGGUGGCUGUCGGGCAAGCUCUGCAAAACUGGCCCGAAGACUCAGGUGUUUUCGUGACAUCGAAGUGCUCGCCCUACGAGAUGGGCUACGAGAAAGCGCAGGAAGCCUGCCGCAAGUCGCUGGAACGGCUGGGUCGCAAAUGCCUGGACCUGUAUCUGAUACACUGGCCUGCUCUCCCCAAGAAGCCGCACUCCUCGCCCGAGCACCGAAGAGCCCGCUAUGACACCUGGCGAGCGCUGGAGGAUCUCUACAGGCAGGGCCUUGUGCGAGCCAUUGGCGUCAGCAACUUCACGGCAGAGCACCUGGAGCAGCUUGUGGAGGACGGGGCUAGCAUCAUGCCGAUGGUGAAUCAGAUCGAAGUCCAUCCUUUGUGCGUCCCACGCGCGACCCUGGAGUGCUGUCGAAAGCACAACAUCUUGAUCGAGGCGUACGCCCCCUUGGGUGGCGGCCCGGCAAGCAACGUGGGCAAGGCCUCCGGAGGCGAAGUGGAUGGCACCAGGCUGCUUCUUGAGCAUCCCGUGGUCAACGCCGUUGCGAAGGAAGUCAGCCGAGCGCCAGCGCAGGUUAUCUUGCGCUGGGGCUUGCAGCAGGACUUCUUGGUUAUUCCACGAAGCAGCAACGCGGCGCGAAUUCAGCAGAAUGCCAACAUCUUCGACUUCACCUUGUCUGACGACCAGAUGCGGCGGAUGGACUUGUCGAGUGAAGAUGGGCGCAAGUUUUGCUGGAACCCGUCAAGUGUCGCGUAA